AUGAAUACAGGAUCUCCAGAUAAUGUGUUUUACGAAGAUGUACCUGAAGGAAAUCUCAACGAAGAUUUUUUUUGUACUGAAAAGAUUGUUCCCAGAAAAAUAAAACCACAAAACAUUGUAAUAAGAUUAAUGAAUAGAGAAAUUUAUGGCUCUCGAAAGCCAGGAUCACACUUCCAUGUUGUGCGUGAAUUUUACCAAAACGUUUUCCCCAAUUUAACUAUUGUAAAUGUAGAAAAGCCCCCUUGUUUUCUUCGGAAGUUUAGCCCUGACGGCAAACAUUUUAUAGCAUUCUCAGCAGAUCAAACAUCUCUAGAGAUUUACGAAUAUCGAGGAGCUGCAGCAGCAGGUGAUUUGGUUGCAGGUUAUCCUUCAGACCUGUUGAAUGCAGAUGCUGAUGCACAUCACAGAAUAAGAACACAUAUAUUUUAUAGAUUUUUUAAGCCUAAAUUUACUGUAAAUGUGUGCCAACAAAGAAUAGUUGGAAGACAUGAGCGAAAUGGUGGGCAGCUCCCACUCAUGGAACAGCAAUUGAAUAGGGAAUGUAGUCUUUUUACUGAAGAUGGCAGAUAUGUCAUUGUGGGAUCAGCAGCUCAUAUUCCUGAUGACUUACGCCCACACUUUUACAACAUACACAGCAAUAAUGAAGCUGUUACACCAACUAUUAGAUCAGCUUUAGAAGACUACUCGCUGCACUUAGUUGACCUACAUCAUGGGAAAUUAUGUGAUACUAAACAUUUUAGAACUGACAAAAUUUAUCUCUCACACAAUCAGGGUAUCUAUUUGUAUAAAGAGGUUUUAGCUGUACUCUCAGUACAACAUCAGACUAUUCAUCUCUUCCAAAUAGUGGAAGGCAUGUUGAUAGAAAUAAGAAAAAUAGGAAGAUUUUGUUAUGAUGACGAUCCAUUUAUAGUGAGUUCUGUCUUUGCACCUAUACUAAAUGAGAGACCAUUCCAUGAAGAAACAAUUAAUAGUUUAAAACAUAGACUUCUAGUUUUUCUAUUCAAAAGAGCCAAAUUGAUCAGUGAUGAAACAAAGGACCCAUUGGAACUUAGGAAGUUUUAUAAAUACUUUGAUAUGUUUAAAAGUUUAAGAAUGUGGAAAAUGCAACUAUUGGAUGAAGAUCAUCUCUUUAUCAAAUAUGCUAGCGAAGAGGUGGUAACCCUGAGAGUUGCAGAGCCUAACAGCCAAUCAUCUUUUUUUGUUAUUUACAAUAUCAGUGAAAGCAAAAUAUUAGAAGUAUAUGAAAACACAUCUGAAGGACUUUUACAAUUAUUUGAAAAUUACUGUGAUUGCUUCAGAAAUGCAAGAUUGUGUGCAGAUUCACAAUUUACAUGUUCACCAUCAAAUAACCUGUUUGCUAGGUUAACUCAACAGCGCUUCAAACAAACAAUAGUAAGGGCAAUAUAUGGUGGAAAAACAGAAGCAACUAAGAGAAUUUUAGCUCAAUUGCCAAUCAGUGCACAGUCAUACAGUGGCUCCCCUUACUUGGAUCUGGGCCUAUUUAGUUAUGAUGACAAGUGGGUGUCAGUUAUGGAAAGACCCAAAGCAUAUGGGGAAUAUCCUAUUAGAUUUUACGCCCGCGACUCUGGAUUACUAAAAUUUAAAAUAUAUGCAGGAGUAUUGGGACAAUCCGUUCCAGCGAGUGCCCGCAGGCUUGUUGCAUUUACAUUUCAUCCAACUGACCCCUUUGCAAUUAGUGUGCAAAGAACAAAUUCUGAAUACAUAGUCAACUUUCACAUAAGAAAUGCAGUUUUUAGUUGA